AGCUACGACACCGGAAGCCGGAAGUGUGAGUUUCGGCAGCGCGAGAAGGGAAGGGUGACCGUGGAACCCGGACUUUCUCGGAGCUCCGGGGACCGACGAGUGCUCGCGGCUCACCGUUCCUGCCCUUCUCACGUCGGACCGACUCUGCUGACAGACCCUGACUUGUUGGAUGAGCAGGCCCCCCUGGAAGAGUCCACCGUGUGAGAUGGUGCAGCCCAGUGGCGGCCCGACAGGGGACCAGGACGUGCUGGGUGAAGAGUCUUCUCUGGGGAAGCCGGCCAUGCUCCACGUCACUUCUGAGCAGGGCACUCCCGAGACCUUCCAGCGCUGCCUGGAGGAGAAUCAAGAGCUCCGAGACGCCAUCCGCCAGAGCAACCAGGUGCUGCGCGAGCGCUGUGAGGAGCUGCAGCGCUUCCAGGGCAGCCAGAGGAAGGAGAAGGAGUUCCUCGUGCAGAAGUUCCAGGAAGCCCGGAAGCUGGUGGAGAGACUGAGCCUGGAGAAGCGCGAGCUGCGGAGGCAGACGGAGCAGGCCCUGCAGGAGGUGGAGCACCUGAAGCGCUGCCAGCAGCAGAUGGCCGAGGACAAGGCCUCCGUGAAAGCCCAGGUGACAUCCUUGCUGGGGGAGCUCCAGGAGAGCCAGAGUCGUUUGGAGGCCGCCAACAAGGAGCGGCAGGCUUUGGAGGGCAGGGCCCGGGCGGCCAGUGAGCAGGCGCAGCAGCUGGAGAGCGAGCGGGCGGCGCUGCAGCAGCAGCACAGCGUGCAGGUGGACCAGCUGCGGAUGCAGAGCCAGAGCGUGGAGGCGGCCCUGCGCAUGGAGCGCCAAGCAGCCUCGGAGGAUAAGCGGAAGCUGGCCCAGCUGCAGGUGGCCUAUCACCAGCUCUUCCAGGAGUACGACAGCCAUGUCAAGAGCAGCACGGGAAUGCAGCUGGAGGACCUCAAGCAGCAGCUCCAGCAGGCGGAGGAGGCCCUGGCGGCCAAGCAGGAAGUGAUCGACAGACUGAAGGAGGAGGCCGAGCAGCACAAGGCCGUGAUGGAGACGGUCCCUGUGCUAAAGGCGCAGGCGGAUAUCUACAAGGCCGACUUCCAGGCUGAGAGGCAGGCGCGGGAGAAGCUGGCAGAGAGGAAGGAGCUCCUGCAGGAGCAGCUGGAGCAGCUGCAGAGGGAGUACAGCAGGCUGAAGGCCAGCUGCCAGGAGUCGGCCAGGAUCGAAGACCUGAGGAAGCGACACGUGGAGGUCUCCCAGGCCCCCUUGCCCCCCACUCCAGCUCACCCCUCCUUCCACCUGGCCUUGCCCAGCCAGAGGAGAAGCCCCCCCGAGGAGCCGCCUGACUUCUGUUGCCCCAAGUGCCAGUACCGGGCUCCGGAUAUGGACACGCUGCAGAUCCACGUCAUGGAGUGCAUUGAGUAGGGGCUGCCUGGGGGGCGGGCGGCCCGGAACAGCGCCCCACGAGCUAGCUCUGGGACCUUCUGCUUCAGCUGCCCCGGCUGCUGGCCUGCGUCUGCCCUGUCGCUUGGAACCCACCGGGCCCGAGGCUCUGCUCUUCUGGUUUGUUCUGUCUGCUUGGACCACUUGUCUCUGGGGCUUCCUCUUCUUCCAUGGCCAAGUCCAGAAUCACGGCCAGGGCUCUCCAGGAACUCCUCGAGCUGCUGCGGGCAGAAGGUUCUCCUCACCCGUGAGCUCCUGCACGCCGUGGCAUCAGGGCACUCGUGGGCCGUGUGCUGUUCCGUGUGGGGGCUGCCUCGCCAUUGGAUGGCAGAUAUUCACUCGUGAGGCCCGUGUGGGUCGUUACCACUCAGUGUCACGAGCGAUGCUGCGACGAACAUCUUCGCGUGUCACUGACGUGUGUCUUUGGGUCAGAUUCUUCGAAGCCGCCCCGUGGAGCAGUUGCCAAUGGGUGCAUGGGGCCCGUGUGUCGCCCCUGCUUCCUCAGAGCCUUGCCCGUUGUGGGGGUGUCCAACCUGUAGGCUUUGGCCAUCUGUCCGGCACGUGGCUCUCUGGUCACAGUGAGCCUGAGCAUCUCUUCAGAGCUUGAAGGAUCCUUUCUGAUUUUGCGGUUAA